GGGGUUCCCUUUGCUUUCCCUGGAGGAAGUUAGCAGCAGCGCUGCUCAGCAGACUCACUCUGCACUUUCUGUGUGAGGCAUUCCGGGCGUGUUUAGCGCUCCGUUCUCUCUACCUGUCGGACAGGUGUAGUGGGCUGACUAAUCCGAGCCGCAGCGACGCAGAGGGCGCAAAGCCUGGGCGGAAGUCGUUCAUGGUCACCUAUGGAUGAGUGUCUGCGCAAAGCUUGCCCGUGUCUGGAACCGCUGUGGCAGAGGAUUUUCGAAGAGAAGGCUCCUCAGCCUGGAGGAGGAGGUGGUGAUGAUGGUGAUGGAGGACCAGGAAGCGCCAGGACCGACAGCAGCGGUGACACUUCGAGGGAGCAGCGGGAGAUCCCGAAGCCGCCCCCGAAGCCCCCCAAGAUGACGGUGCCCGAGGGCGCCUGCAUCUACAUGGCACUGUGGUCGUUCGAGGCCCGGCACCAGGAAGAGCUCUCCUUCCAGGACGGGGAUCUGUUCAGCGUGGCCAGCCGCAGCGGAGACUGGUGGACGGCGGAGAAGAUCGAUCAGAACGGGCGGGUCGUGGCCCAAGGGAUCGUCCCCAGUAACUACCUGGCGAGGGCCGAGUCCGUCCGGGUGCAGCCAUGGUUUUAUGGGAGGCUGAGCCGCUUUGAGACCCAAAGUCACCUGAUGGCACCGGGAAACAACGAGGGAGCCUUCCUCAUCCGAGAAAGUGUGAAGGACAACAUCGGAUACGUCCUCUCGGUGAGGUCGGGCAGUGGGGUGAAGCACUUUAAGAUCCACCAGGCGGGCGACAGUAAGUUUUACAUCGAGUCCGUCCAUCAGUUCGACUCCCUGAUCGGCCUCGUGGAUUAUUAUUGCGCCCACAGCCUCAACAACGCCGGCCAGCUGGGCAGGCCCUGCAAGAAGAAAAGGCCGGAGACCCAGGAUCUGAAUCACUAUACGGUGGACGAGUGGGAGCUCCCGAAGGAGGAGUUCACCCUGGAGGAGCAGCUGGGCAGCGGCUUCUUUGCCGAUGUGUACCGCGGGCGCUGGAAAAACCACAUCAGUGUCGCCAUCAAGAUCCUCAAAAGCGACUCGGAGCUGAACCACAGAGAGUUUUACAGAGAAGUUCAGAUCCUGAAGAGUCUGCGCCACCGUCACCUCAUCGCUCUGUUCGCCGUGUGCACGGCGUCCACCCCGUACUACAUCAUCACUGAGCUCAUGGAGAAAGGCAGCCUGCUCAAGUUUCUCAGAAGUCCAGAGGGGCAAAUACAAGACGUUGCAUCCCUCAUUGACAUGGCUGCCCAGGUGGCUGAUGGGAUGUCAUAUUUGGAGGAGAAGAACAGCAUCCACAGAGAUCUGGCAGCUCGAAACGUCCUGGUGGGACAAGACUACAUCUGCAAGGUGGCCGACUUUGGCCUGGCCAGAGUCAUUAAGGAGCCGUUUUACAUUUCAGAAGAGAAAAAGAUUCCCUACAAGUGGAGCGCUCCCGAGGCCAUCAGCCACGGGAAGUUCUCCAACAAGUCAGACGUCUGGUCUUUUGGCAUUUUGCUUUAUGAGAUCAUCACCUAUGGAGGAGUUCCUUACCCAGCUUACAGUAACCAGGAAGUGUAUCAGCAGGUGACGAUAGGAUACAGGAUGCCCAAACCGCCCAACUGUCCAGACUUCCUCUAUGAAACCAUGUGUCGGUGUUGGAGCGCCGAGCCGGCCCACAGGCCCAACUUCAAAUCCCUGAAGGCCCAGCUGGAGAGCAGCUCCUACGAGUUGGAGUCAGCACAUCCCUGAACUGCUGCGGUACAGACUGAGCCCGCAGAGGGCAGCAGAGAGGCAGAUACCGAGCAGGGACUGCAGAGCUGUUCACUGAGGACUCCUUUAAAAGAGCAAAGCUCUGAGACUGUGUGCAGAUCUGCCGAGUCUCCGUUCACAGCUCCUCCUCCAGACCCUAACCCCUAACCUUUGAGGACUUUUACAGAGGACUUUUUUAUAAACAGCUGUAUCACUAAUUUUUGAGCAUGUUUAUUUGGUCGUGUGCUGAGAAUCUUUGGGUUUCACUGUUUAAUGAGUCAUUUUUCACUAUUUUCUUACAUGGUUUUGGACAGAGUUAAUAAAUUGUGUGCUU